AUGUUGCCCACCGCCCAUUUUCACCAUCAUCACCACCACUUCCAGCCGCUGGGCAGCACGAAGCCCUCUGAUCCUCAAUGGCAAGCUCAUCCGCACGUCCACUCGCACGUUCGUAGCGCCGGACGCGGUGUCGACCUAGGCCCCGCGGACAGCUUCCCAUCGGAGCUGCAGCCGGCGCCCGCCGAUGAUGACAGCGCCAACGCCUACGGCGGCGCCGCCGCUGAUUCAAUUCCUUCCGGUCCGUACGACAUCAGCCCCGCUGGUGCCGCUUUCCGCGGCACCGCCGGCAGCCGAAUGAAGCAGCGUUUAGGAAGCGCCAUUGAGCCCAGUCCCGGUACGGCAGCUCCGAUGACCAUCGGCAGUGGCAUGUACGGCGGCGGCGGUGGCGGUGGCAGCCGGGCCGGCGGCGGCGGCAGUAUCUACUCGUAUACCGGCGCUACCGGAGCCGGGGUCAGUGGCGGCGCGGCGCGCCACCCGAAGCUACGCAACCUACAAUGGCUUUGGUCCGUCAUCGUGUGGUAUUGGAGCACUGUGGCAUGGGUCGUGACGUUGCCUUGGCGGGUGAUCACGUGGCUAAGUCCGGGCGCUCUGAGGCCCGCUGAGCAGUGGUUGGAGCAAACGGUGGAGUGGUGGACGGGACCGCCCCGCCGGCUGGCGGCCAACCUAUUGUACGGCGUUAUCGCCUGGUGUGACGGCCAAAUUUCCUACCUCCGGCGCACCGUGCUGAUAACCCACAAGACCAACUUGCACCACUUCUGGGUGGCCUACGAGGCUUAUCUUAGGCUCAUACAGCAUAAGGCCCACCUCAUUGAGCAGCACGGCUUUGACGGCCUGUGGAUGGCACUCAACAUCAAGACCGUUUAA